GGGGUGUUGAGGUCGGUCGGUGGAGUCGGAGGCAUGACAAAGGCGAACAGUAAAAGGCGGUUUGUCAUUUAUGCUGAGGGGAGAAAGCGAGGCUGCUCUCUAGCCUGAACAGUUCCCUGUGUUUCCUCUGCCAUCCAUCUCUAUUUCCUUGAAUCGGUGCUUAUUCCUCACCCUCGCCAUAAUGCUGUGUUGGGGAAAUGCAGUGGACGGACAGCUGGGAAUCGGUGAGGAGAGAAACCCUGUAUUUGAGCCAAGGAACAGCCAAGGGUUCAGAGGCAGGGGACUAAAGGAAAUAGCAUGUGGAGGGCAACACUCUGUGUUCUUACUGCAAGAUGGCAGUGUUUAUACAUGCGGUUCCAACAGCUGUGGACAGCUGGGCCAUGAAAAAACAGGGGAUUCACCAGAGCUAGUAGGAGCUCUGGAUACUCAGAAGAUAGCCGUGGUGGCGUGCGGCUGGUCCCACUCUGUGGCAGUGAAUGAGCAGGGCCAGGUGUUUGCCUGGGGGGCUGGUGAAUUGGGUCAGCUGGGCCUGGGGACUGCAGAGGAGGCUGUUCGAAUCCCCAGGUUGAUCAAAAAGCUGUCUGACCACCGUAUCUCCCAAGUUGUAUGUGGCAACCAGCACUGCAUGGCACUCUCUAGAGAUGGCCAGCUGUUCACAUGGGGUCAGAACUCCAGAGGUCAGCUUGGUCUGGGGAAGGGAGAACCAAGCACGCUGUCCCCUCAGCUUCUCAAGUCCCUGUCAGGAAUCCCAUUGGCGCAGAUCACUGCAGGGGGAGACCACAGCUUUGCACUCUCCUUGUCGGGAGCUGUAUUUGGUUGGGGCAAGAACAGUGCCGGACAGCUGGGUCUCAACGAUGAGCAAGAUCGGGCUGUCCCAUGCCACAUUAAGUUUCUGAGAUCCCAAAAAGUUGUUUACAUCAGCUGUGGAGAAGAACAUACUGCUGCCCUGACAAAGGAUGGGGGCUUGUUUACAUUUGGAAAUGGCUUGCGCGGUCAGCUGGGCCAUGACUCCACCAACAAUGAGCCUUUACCCAGACGAGUGCUGGAGCUAAUGGGGAGUGAGGUGUCCCAAAUUGCCUGUGGAAGGCACCACACCUUGGCAUUUGUUCCUUCCUCUGGUAUGGUCUAUGCUUUCGGCAGUAACAGCCAUGGUCAGCUGGGCACAGGAAUGCAGGGAAUUACCAAAAGCCCAUUCCCUGUUAAGAGCAGCCUUCUAACAGGAACCUCUGAUAGUUCAGAAUCGGAGUAUUGUACAGUAACCAAAAUCAGCUGUGGAGGAGAUCAUAACUUCCUGUUGUAUUCUAAUCAGAGUUCUGUCCACCCAGAAGACUUCAGAGUGACUAACAUCAGAAAAGGCAUCUCGCAGAUCAAUUUUGAAAGUUUAAAUUUGUGGAGGAUGAAGCUGAUAGACAAUACAGACUCUAGUGUCACAAAUGACAUCAUACUUCUACUCUCCUCUACAGCCUGUUGGAAUGCCAGCUUCUUGGACCAAAGUGAUGACGGCCACUUCAAAACCAAUCCAAAAAUCCCAGGCAUCGAUCUCAACUCUGUCAAAACGCUAUUCGAGACACUGAGCAAACCAGCCUUCUCUAAAGUUCUUGAGCAGGCCACCAAAAGCUUUGAGAGCCUGCUUAUCCCCAAACUGCCAUGUUCCCCUCCUGAUGUUGAAGCCAUGAGGAUCUAUCUGAUCUUGUCUGAGUGCCCCGCCCUGCAGGACUCCAAGAACUACAUCAGCCUCACCAUCCCUCUGGCCAUGGCUAUCCUCCGACUUGACACCAACCCCAGCAAAGUACUGGAUAAUUGGUGGUGUUUGGUGGAUUGCAAUGUGUUCUCCAGACUGGUAGACAUGUACAAGAGCAUUGUGGUGUUUUUACUGACGGGAGGCAAGAAUCUGCUCAUACCAGUUUUCCAUGAGAGCUACAUUAGUGCCACACUAAAACUACUAGAAAAACUCCACAAGGUUAAUCUUAAGGCCCACCGUGUGGAGUAUAAUUGUUUCUACAUCUCUGACAUCACCACCCUGGUGGACAUCCAGGAAGACUACCUCACGUGGUUUUUGAGUAAAACUGAGAUUAAAACGAGAGUACCACCAGCUCAGAGCUCAGUGACCCUAUGUGCCUACCCAUUUAUACUAAAUGCUCAAGCCAAGACAACCAUGCUGCAAACAGAUGCAGAACUGCAAAUGCAGAUGGCAGUGAGUGGGGCAAACCUGCACAAUGUCUUUAUGCUGCUCACACUGGAGCCCCUCCUGGCAAGGAACCCUUUCUUGGUGCUCCAUGUGCGUAGGGACCACUUAGUGAGUGACGCACUACGUGAACUCAACAUCUACUCUGACGUGGACCUCAAGAAACCACUCAAGGUGAUUUUUGAUGGGGAAGAGGCAGUAGAUGCUGGUGGAGUCACUAAAGAGUUCUUCCUGUUGCUGUUGAAGGAGCUUAUGGAUCCUAUAUAUGGAAUGUUCACCCAUUACACUGAAUCCAACCUGCUUUGGUUCUCAGAUAAAUGUUUUGUAGAGCACAACUGGUUCCAUCUGAUCGGGAUCGUCUGUGGGCUUGCCAUCUAUAACUCCACGGUGGUAGACCUCCAUUUCCCAUUGGCUCUUUAUAAGAAGCUGCUGGAUAUGAUGCCCACCUUGGAGGACCUGAAGGAGCUCUCGCCCACGGAGGGCAGGAGUCUACAACAACUUCUAGAUUAUGACGGUGAGGACAUAGAGGGGAUGUUUUGUCUCAACUUUGCUAUCACCAGGGAGAACUAUGGCGUGACAGAAGUCAAAGAGCUCAUCUCUGGAGGAGAGAACAUCACUGUGGACCACAACAACAGGAAGGAGUUUGUGGAGGCCUACCUGCUCUAUGUGUUCACCGAUUCGGUGAAGGAGCUGUUCUCGGCCUUCUCCUCUGGUUUCCUGAAGGUCUGUGGAGGGAGAAUCCUGUCUCUGUUCCAGCCCUCUGAGCUCAUGGCCAUGGUGGUGGGCAACAACAACUACAACUGGGAGGAGAUGGAGAAGAACACCAGUUACAAAGGGGAGUAUUCAGCCACUCACCCAACAGUGAGAAUGUUUUGGGAAGUCUUCCAUGAGUUCUCUCUGGAGAAGAAGAAGCAGUUUUUGUUAUUCCUAACGGGCAGUGACCGCAUCCCUAUCCAUGGAAUGGAGAGCCUGCGCAUUGUCAUCCAGUCCACCAUGGCAGAGGAACAUUACCUGCCGGUGGCACACACCUGCUACAAUAUGCUGGAUAUGCCCCGCUACCAGACCAAAGACACCCUGCGCAGGCGUCUCACCCAGGCCGUGGAGCAGUAUGAGGGCUUCAGCCUAGUCUGAGAGUCAGCUGGCCCAACAGUUCUGGAGAGUUAUUUCUGUCAAAAAUUGAAGCACUUUAUUCGUUCUACCCCUGUGGGUGCCAGAGAAGUGUUUGGGUGUGACGGGUUUCGUCAGGGACAUGGGUGUCACUUUGCUUGCACACAGUUUCCCCAGGGAAGAACUGUUAUUUGUUUGCAGUCAGAAUGGGAGUAGGGUGGGACAGCGAGUUCGCACAUGUGAGUCUGUGUUGAUCCAGAUUGUUAUUAUUGCUUUUGGCUGUAUAGUUGAGAAGUUUUUGUUUUUAUUUUUUUUAAAUGGCAGUGAUGUGAAUUUUGUAUCUAAUUGCUAAACUUAUCAUCUCAACUUUGCAGAAUUGUUAUUAACCCAAGAAGCUUUGAACACUACACCUUCUAUUUGUUGUGUUAAUUUAUUCAAUAUAUUUUUUCGAGAAAUAAAGAUGCAUUUAUCUAUGUAAAUGGAACUUGUGGUAUAAUCUCUACCCUCUACAUUGGGAGUUGUGUUUAUGAACGUGAUUUUUUUUCUUUUUUUUAAAAAAAAUCUAGUUUCUAACAUGUCCUUUGUACCUGGUGCUGGAUUAAUUUAAAGGACUAAUGACAAAACAGAGACUGAAGAGCUGGUUCUGGGUCAGUCUACAGGUAAAAGUAAGCUGCAGACAGACUGAUUCCAUAUAAGACCCAGCGAAUGCUUUUGUGCCCUAGAUAGAAGCAGUCCUUUGUUUAUUUUUGCAGUGGACUGACGGAGCGUCUGGUUUCAUGUCCUGAAUCCACAAUUGACAGGAUUUUUUUUUUCCUCCCACAGUAAAUCAGUAUAGACAUGACAAACAUUUUUAAUCAUUUAUACUGGCUGUUGUCUGUGUGCAUGAUGUUGAGUGACUGCCAAUGCGUGAUCAUGUUAAACUGAAUACACAAACAUAAUACAGAAAUGCUUAAUCAUAAUUAUUGUAAUUAAUAUGUAAUUAUUUUGAUUACUUAAUUGCAGAUUAAUUAAAAUGUAAUCUUAAUGUCGCAGGAACAUAGGAUGAGGAUUACAUAUUUAACAGGAUAUGACCUUCCAAGUAUGCUAAUCAUUCUUCUGUCAAGUCUAUGGUUUCCCCUUUUCUGCCCUGAAAUUAAGUCUUCAAUCAUAUACACUUCCUCAUGAUGCAGAACAGUGAUGGUUCAUUAAGGUAGUGUACUUGGGUGAACUGUAUUAAACAAUCUCAAUUUUUUAAUACUUUAUACAAGUUGUUUGAUUUAUGGGUGACUAAAUCAGUGCAAAAGCUAAAAGAGUAUUGAUGUGUUCAGUGGGGCAGAUUUCAUUUAACUAUUGAUUCAGCAAUAAUGAACUCACUAAACCCUACUAUUUUGUUAAAAAGCUUAGGUCAGCCUUUCAGUAUCAUUACAGCAAUGACCAAACCUUUUACAUUACCAUUACAUUUUACAUUCCAUUCCAUACUUUACAUUACCAUUACAGCGAUGACCAAACGCAAACCCUUCUCCAACAUUUUCUGGCCAUUCCACCAUGUGACUUGUACAUGCAAACUUACAGUUAAAAUAUCCAACCCCGAGUAGUGGAGCCAAUGUAUUGUUUGGUUUCCCUAGCAGCAUACAGUGACAUACAAAGGUUUGCUAACUACUUAACUUUUUGCAUCUUUUAAUGUGAUACAAUAUAAAAUGCAUUUAUUUGGAUUUUUGCCUUUGGGUCUAUUCAUUGUCACAUCAAAUAAAGAGGAAUGUUCCUAAAUGUUUUUCAAAAUGCUGGCCGAACAUGUGAAAAGUCGAUUGGUGUGAAGACUUUUGCAUGACUAUUUGGGCCUUUGUCAUUCGUUUUAAUCUCUGCUAGAGUUACUGUUGCCAUCAGUUUUCCCACAAAAAUACUUUUGUUACAAACGCAGUCAACAAAUGUAUUGUAGCCUGUGCUGGUUGAUGCUCAAAAGGGCUGUGACAUGACAAGUGGCUCUUGAACUUCCUCUGGCAGUAUCAUAUUAUUAUCCCAAGUAAUGAGUGGCAAAUCCAGAUUUGGUGUCCUAUCUUUAUCAGUGUAUGCAAAUAAGGGCUUAGUGGUUGCUUUAAAUAUUUGGCUUUUAGUACAUAAGAUUUACUUUUCUACCGUUUAGAAUGGAUGACAUUAUUUUUGUUUACCUGGUUUUCCCUGAACAAAUAAAACUUUUAUUUCACCGUGGCGUGUUUUUUCUCCUGUUUUUGCUAAUGCUG